AUGAUAGAUGAUGAAAGUAAAGAGCUUACGUUCACAGGGCCGGCAUCUGAUCAAACCAACGGUAGUCAGAGUGGCAAUAAUGGAAUUACGUUGAAUAUCAGUGGUGAUGCUGCAACAGUCUACCGGAUAAAUAUGGGAGAUACACAAGAAUCUUCCGAUGAAGACACUUCAGAUGGAAAGAGCAGUAUCGCAGACGAGGAUGACAGUUCAGAAGAUUCUAGCGAGGACGAGGAUGAUGACGAAGAAUGCUGUAGUGACGAUACAGACGAUACCAGUUCUAGUUGUAGCAGUACCAGUAGCACCGGAGCAACUUCCUCGGGAACGGGAACCAGCAUGCGACUCGAGGAGCAUAUCGAAGGAACUUCAGGAGAACAAGGUCCCCUGUACAAUUCGUAUAUGGAAGAACCUGUAAUGCAAAACCUCCCAGAAGGUAGCCUUCUUCAAGGACUUGCUGUUGAAGAAGCCCAAGUUCCAGGAGAAGACAAACAUUUUCCGGACAAAAAUCUCAUAACUGAAGAUCUGGAACCACUUCAAUUGGAUGAACAGUUACCUAAAGUUGAAGAUAAUGCGGACCAGUUACAAAUGCAGCAACACCAAAUGCGACUACAGGAACAACAACAACAGCAGCAGCUUAUGCUACAUCAUCAGCAACCGGAUGGAAAUCAUGAACAGCAGGAUCAACAGCAAAAUGUAAAUCAACAACAGGAACAAAUACAGGAUCAGCAGCAGGAACUACAACAGCAACCAGAGCUAAUAGAGGGAACACAGCUCCAGCAAACGGAGAAUGAUGCAGAAAAGCAACCACAAAAUGCUGAACUGGUCAAUGAAGAACCGCCUAAAAAACCUCGCAAGCGUAAGAAAAGAAACGCAGGAACGAUACUAACAAAAAAUUUUGCAUGUCAAGUUUGUCAGAAACGAUUUUCCAAGGCGAUCUAUUUGAAAGUGCACACUCGUACACAUACUGGAGAAAAGCCGUACGCUUGCGAUAUUUGCUUCAAAAGCUUUACGCAAGCUUCUAGUUUAAACACGCACAAGCGGUUGCAUUUCAACAAACCAUACUCCUGCAGUUUCUGUGACAAACGGUUUAGCCAACAUUCGAGCAAAAAGAUGCACGAGCGAGUUCACAGCCAAGAAAAGCCGUAUCCAUGCCAGGUGUGUUUAAAGGCAUUCAGCAACGUUAGCAACCUGACCGUACACAUGCGCAUACAUCAGGGGCUUAAACCGUAUAAAUGUGAAAAAUGCGACAAGUGUUUCGCACAAUCGCAGACGCUGAAAACUCAUUACAUUUCUGCACACACAGACGUUCGACCGUUCCAGUGUGAUCUUUGCCCUAAAUCAUAUGCCACCCUCUCCAAUUUAAAUAACCACAAACACACGCAUCUAGACGAAAAACCAUUUGUUUGUGAGGAAUGUGGAAAACGGUUCACUCAAAAAUCUUCCCUGAAAACCCACGCACUUUCUCACAACACUGAACGGCCUUUUCCGUGUGACGAUUGCACAAAGUCGUUCAACACGCAGGCGAUGUUAAAUACACACCGGCGAAAUAUGCAUUGCGCCGAGCGGCCGUAUCCUUGCACAAAGUGCAAUAAAUCGUACGCACAAGAGACGAGGCUUCGACAGCACAUGCUAAGCCAUGCGGAUGCACACCAAAGAGACAUGAAUGAAGAUGAAGAACGAGAAGAUAAAAUUAUGAGUCUAGAAGCCUCCGAGGAGAGCGACAAAGAGACCGAAGAAAAUGCGAUUGAGAACAACGGGUUUAACGAAGAACAAGAACUCGCUACCAAGGAAACUAGCAUUCAGUCACAGGAAGCCAGCCAAUCACAGGAAAUGAAUCACAGGGAUCAAGUACAGCCCAGCGACGAGGACGAUGAUGAUGAUUUCGAUGAUAACGAUAAUGACGAUGUGUAUGUGUCAAAACGCAUCUAG